CGUCCCUCCUCCCUCCCCUUCCCUCCCUUGAGUCCGCGUUUCGAGUUCUCCGGGCGUCGUCGCCGUCGCUUCCCGUGCGAUCUGACAGCUCCCAGCGUCUGGGGAGCCUUCAAGUCGCUGUCAGCACGCGUCACCGCGACACCAGGAGUCGGAGCGGCGUACGAGUUGUCGCUGUGUGCUCAGCGGGAUCCCCUCUCAGCCCCUCACACCCUCAUACAGUCCCCUCCGUCUCAAAACUAGGCGCUGUGCAGUUCGCUCUGUCUUGCCAGCAAGCGUCGCUCUGUCUUGCCAGCAAGCGUCGCUCUGUCUUGUCAGCAAGCAGCGAUUGCGUGCAAGCAGCGACGGUGUGAGUGACUGUGCCAGCUAGGUGUGUGUGCUGGGCACCGCCAGCGUAUCGAGGAGAGAAACCUCACCUCCAUCGACGGCGCAGGCCGCAUCGAGGCGCGCGAGUUCAGUUGUAGUGGUUCCCUUCAACGUUGCUGCCUCUCAUCUCCAUCCCCUCUGUAUCAUCCUCAUCUUCCGUAUACUGAUUCUGUCGGUGGCGGCGAUGACGCGAGGAGAGAAAAGGAAGAAGGCGGGUUCAUAUCACCGUCUUCCGGUGCGUCGGGGUGUCAAGGAGAAGAACCCGUUUGAUGACUUCGAUUUUGAGGCUGCUUUAAAUGACGUUGACCGCGAGGAAAGCGCAGCAGCUGAAGGGGGGAAAGAGGAGACGGUUAAGGUGGGGGAAGAGCAGAGUCGCAGUGUUGUGCUUUUGAAAGAUUUGAAAGAGAGGAGGAGAAAUUGCAGGCCACCUACACCUAAGACUUCUUCUCUACUCGCUCAUUCUACUCAUUUGGUUCACUCGGGCAUGUCCAUGGGACGUAGUCGUAGUGUUGAGAAGGAGAGUGGGCAGGGAGGUGAGGAAGAGGUGGGAAAGCAAGGUGUGGGGGGCAAUGGUGGGGAGAAGAAUAAGGUUUGUUAUGGGCAGGGUGUGAAAGAUGGGGGUGAGGUGGGAGAGAUUCGGGUUCAUUCAACGAAUGGCACCGCAAUCUCUCCUUUUAACAUCACCAACCAAAUUUCUCCUGCAAAGAAACCUCGAAAGGGCUUUUUUCAGAUGGGCAAAAUAAGACUGUCUAUGUUGAAGCCUCGAGCCAUCACAAGAGAUCAGCCGCCAACGUUGUAUUGAGUCUUUUCGUCUGUCUAGUUUUUGAAAUGUGAAAUGUUUGCGAACUACUGGCUGAUUUCCGGGUUGCAUGUGAACUUGAGGGAAGGGUUCAGGCGGAUAAUUUGCGAUGACUUUGAUGGCCUUCUGUUCAUGCUUAUAUGGUGUUUGCAAGUAUGUGGUGGGGAAACCUUCCGUGUUUGGUGAAGUGAUUGAUUUUCUGAAGAAUUCGUGUGUGAGCUGUGAAGUAUGGAUUUGCUGACUGGAAGUGUUAGGACAUCCGGGGAACAAAGAAAUGCAAGCUCGCAAUCGACUGAUUUUCCCCAUGGCGUUCGUUCGUUAACCUCACGGGGACCUCAGGUCAGCUCGUCAGUCAGAUCUAUCAAGGCGCAGCAACAAAGCAGUAUUUCAUUCAUCAAUUCUGUGAUGUGCAGGUCUGAUGAAUCUGGAUGACAAAGUGGUGUAUGCCGCCCAGCGCCCAGGUGCUCCAGGGCCGUCGCAUCUUCCCAGCAACCCCUCCUCUCCCCUCUGCGGCCCCUCGACGCACUUCCAGGAGGCGGCACUCACCAUCUCUCUUGUCCAGCAAAUCGCAGAGAGCGCCGCUUCUCCCGAUCUCGACACACCAGCCCCCGAAUGGCUGCCACGAGCAUGUGAGCGCGUGACGGACAUCCUAGCUCGUUACCAGGAGUCCCCUGCGCUGCUCGAUGCGCACUGGAGUGCACUGCUGCCCCCGCUGAUCGAGCCCUUGUCGCAGUGGGUGGUGAGGGCGCAAGGAUGGCAGGCCGGAGAAAGGAUACGCCUGAUUGGGUCUGUGCUUUACACGUGUUCGGUGGUGCGUGGGCACAAGACGAUUGUGCCUUUCUACCCUUCUGAGAGGCACUACCUCGAGCCGCUGGUGGCACUGCUGGAGGGGGCAGCUGCCAAGAGAGGGCAAGACGAUGCUCAGAACGAUACGUGUAUGUAAGCCGAACACAGACACAGCGGGAGAAGAGAGGGAGAGCAGUCGUCACACCGAAAAACGGCAAUGGAUAAGACAAGCAUAUGUGUGUGUGUGCGUGUGUGUGCGUGUGUGCAGGGCGUUUGGAGUAUGUGUUGCUUCUGUGGCUGUCGCUGCUGGCACUGCUGCCUUUUCAGCUCACAGAUAGCAUUGCCGACACCAGCCAAGGUGGGUCGAGGAGGGACAGUCGGGAUGGAUAAGGGUGAACUCACUAUAGCAAACGCUGACUGAUCGUGUGUGCAUAUCAGGAUCGCACAUGCUUCAGCGGCUGGUGCAGGUGACGCAACAAUAUCUCAGGUGUGCACACAUCCACGAGUGACCCGCCACCCAUGUACCCUAUUGCCCUUGUCUCUGGACGUCAGCUCCCCUAGUCGAGUCCGCGAGGCUGCGUCCGUCCUCCUGUCGAAAGUCUUCUCGCGACCCGACACACUGCCGUCCCCCGCCACACAGCCGGGAGGUGCCUCCCAGUGCCUGUUUGCGUCAUUUGUACAGUGGGCGCACGACAGGGCCACCCGGCGGCAGGCAAUAAACGGCGAGGCGGCAGGCCCAUGUUUGUCGGAAUGGAACCACAUGUCGAUCAUUGGAGGUGAGGGUGUGUGGGUGGGCUGGGCUGCACACCUUCUACCUAAAGUCGUUUCGAACUUGUUGUUGUGGCUGGGCGGCUGUAUGUGGCUGCAUGCAGUGCUGCAGGCGUUGAAUGAGACGUUGAAGCGCACCAUUGUUGCGGCGCUAUCUCCCCUUGUACCGGCUCUCUACGGUGAGAAGGCCGCUCAGCGAGUGGACCGGCAUCUUGUCAGUCGACCGAUCGUGUGUGUGCAGGGUUGGUAGUCGUUGAGUGCGGCAAGAUGUCCAACCCACCCUCACUCAUCAGGUAAGCAUCAGGCAGGGUAGAACAGCCGGCCACACAGCAGCACAAAGCACCAUUCCUCUGCUUCCUGCCAUCCAUCCCUCCAUCCAUCCAUCCAUCGAUUGAUUGCAGAAAGUAUCGCUUGAGCUGCAGCUGCCGCAUCGGCCUGGUCAUCCUGCCACAGCGCAUGGCGCCCUGGAGGUACCAGCACCACCCAACCCGGCUGCUGCCCAACGUCACGGCCAACAGGCAGCCACAUGAUGGCGGAACCGCAGAUGGGCGGCAGGGCGGCAGUGUAGCAACCACAGCAGUAGCAGUAGGAGCAGAAGAGGAGAGUGCUGACGAGAGUGAGCACGAGGGCUUGCUCGAGGACAUAUUCGACAUCGUGCUGCAGGGGCUGCAAGACUCGGUACAGCCAGACAAGAGCCACUCACUCACGACCAGGCAGGCAUUCAUGUAUCUCUCCCUCUCUCCCUCUCUCCCUCCACCCUUUCAGGACACGAUUGUUCGCUGGGCGGCAGCCAAGGCCGUCGGCCGCCUGUGCAUGCAGCUGACGCAGUCCAGGGCGGAGCAGGUGAUCGACUGGGUGUUGGAGGGAUUCGGCUCGCCUCCGAUCGGCAGCACCGGCAGUGAGGGAUGGCACUAUGGGGCCCGCUCAACUGCGGGCGGUGCACCGGCGGCGUCUACAUUGGGCCGGACGGGCCACGGGGCCUGCCUGGCCAUCGCUGAGCUGCUGAGACGAGGUGAGCCGACCGAGAGGGAGGAUGUGCGUGUGUGAGAGCACAGACACAUCUGUUUUUUGCUGUAUUGGUUAUAGGUUUGCUGGUUCCGUGCCGUUUGCCGACGCUGGUGCCCUUCAUCACUCAGGUGUGUUUGUACAAGGAGCUGCACUAAUGCACUGCUCAGCCAAGCGCCUGUGGCUGCCUGGAUCGCAUCAGGCGCUGCUGUAUGACGUGCGGAGGGGGGCCCACACUGUGGGGGCGGCACUCAGGUGAGGUGGGUCGGCACAAGCUGACAGCACCGACCGACCGACCUUCAUCAUCACAUGUGAGUGUCGUCCCCCGCCGGUCCAUCAGGGAUGCGGCGUGCUACGUCUGCUGGGCCAUCGCGAGAACUUAUCCCGCAGCCCUUCUCGGCGACGCCGCGCAGACACUCUUCACAACUCUCGUUCAGGUAGGCACCCGACCGACCAAGCGAGCUGAGAAUGCAUCCCUGUGUUAACUGCAUAUGCAGGUCGCCGUGUUGGAUCGAGAAGUCAACUGUCGGCGUGCGGCAUCGGCAGCUCUCCAAGAGUGGGUCGGCCGCCAGAGCACACGCGUCAUCACCGACCACGCCCCACCCACCGGCCCCUUCAGCCGCGGGCUGGAGGUCCUCACAGCGGCCGACUACUUCGCCAUCGCAUCAAGGAGCCAGGCAUACCUGUCGGUGGCGCCGACCAUAGCGCGGCUGGACCCCGGCACGUAUGGUGUGGCGCUGGUGUGGCAUCUGGUGGAGUGCAAGGUCGGCCACCCAGAGCGGUCGCUGCGGGAGCUGGCCACGCAGGCACUGCAGAGGCUCACGCCCAUCGUCCUGCAGCACGUGCAUCAGGUCCGCUGCGAAAGUGCUGCAUGUGUCACGUCAGUGCACUCUUGUGUCUUCUGUUUGUGCUGCAGACGGUGCUGCCGUAUGUUGUGUCGGCCUGUCUGCUGGGUCAUCUGGACACUGAGACGCGCCACGGGCUCUUCCUGACAGUGGCAGCAAUCAUCGAGGGCAGCCGGCAACAAGACACCGGCAUCGAGGCGAUGCCCUCGCAGCUACAAACGGCAAGCGACACCCUCACCCACCCCACUGCUGAUCCAUCUCCUGUGUGCUGUCUUGUGUGUCUCUUUGGUUGCAUGCAGGAGGUCCGCAAUCUGAUCCCAAAGAUGGAGAAGGCCCGUUUGUACCGCGGCAAGGGCGGCGAGAUCAUGCGCCACGCCGCCUGUGAGCUCAUCGCCACCUUGGCGGGCGCGUCUGCCUGGUCGUUCAAGGACGCCACGGCCCAGCGGUACCUCCAGACGGUUGAGGACUGCCUCAAACACUUCAACCCCAAGAUACAGGUCGCCGCCAGCCACGCACUCGAGGCACUCGCAACCAGGUAAGCCAGCAGUGCAGCAACCAGCUGAGGCACCUACACAUAUGAGAUGAUCUGCGUGCAUUUGGUGCAGGCGCUUGUCGCUGGACGCUGCGUGUGGUGUGGUGGAGCGUUUCCUGGAUCUCCUGAGCCGGCCCGAUCAGACAGUGGCCGCGAGGAGGGGGUACCUGCUGGGGGUGGCCCGGGGCGCCCCUCCUGUGCUCAUACAGGCGGCUCCAACAGCUGACGGCGAGAGGCAGCGAGCAUUGCGGACACUCGCAGCCACGCUAGAGGUGAGUAAGGUGAUAGUGACAACAGUCCAUCUGAUGUCAGUUUGGAGUCAUUGGUUCCUCUGUACACUGCACAUGUGUGGGGAUUCGAUUCAGCUGCUGCUGGAGGAGUGUCUGGGCCUGGUGUUGCCCGCAUCCCAGUAUCCCGAUCUGGUGGACGCUGAGAGCCGCCGCAACGCCCUCCUGGCGCUGGGGUCCCUCCUGGAGACCCACAUGGCCAUCUGCCGUCAGGCACCUGAGCGUCAGUCGUCAUCUUGUCGGUUUCGCGUGCCGUGGCCCCUGGUUUUCGAGGCACUCUUGGGGUGCCUCAAGGACUACCAGCUGGACUCCAGAGGUCAGCGAGAGAGGGAGGGAGGGAGGGAGGGGACACGAUCCUCUGUCAACAUGAUGACACUGUGCGUGCGUGUGUGCAGGAGAUGUUGGGUCAUGGGUGCGCGAGGUCGCCAUGGAGCUGCUGGUCCUCGCGCUCGAGAACCUGUCGACAUCCAUAUAUCAUGACGACACCAUGCCGCUGUGCAGCGAGGAGGGCAGCACGGCCCCGGCUGGUGUGGCCGAAGACACCCUGGUGCGGCUGCGUGUGUCGUUCAUAGAGAGGGCGGUUUGUGGGCUGCUGCAGCAGGCCGUCGAGAAGAUUGACAGGCCGCGGGGGCUGGCCUGCAUGCUCCUGGCGAGGUACGUCAGACAAACCGGGAAAUGACACGCGAACCUAGGAAAGCGACGCGUUUUCCGUCGUUUGUCUGUCUCUUCAUGAGUCGAUGCAGGCUGUAUUCUAGUAGCGGACCUGCUGAGCGCACGAUGUUCCAGGUAGGUCACCUGGCAUGCGUGGCACACACAGAACUCUCUCUCGUCAUCAACCAUAAGGCAUCUGUCGUCCCUUGUGCUGUCUGUCGGUCAGAUGGCGUGGUCGUUCAAUCGCAUCUUCAGCAACCGAUCCUACGACGACUCAGCCAGGACAAGCGACACACCCACGUCAGCGCAACACCCUCCCCCUUCCCCGGCAUCCAACGGCACCACUGCCUUAGGCCCCCUCCCCUUCUGGGCGGACAUAGCGGCGGCAGUGGCACCCAUGACGCAGCGGGCAGCGGACCAGGACACACAAGACAGUGAGGAAGAGGCCAACAACGACACAGAGGGUGGAGCGGACCGGCAGGAGGCCACGGCUAUGACGGUGGGGAUGGGCAACGGCCGGCUGAGCAUGAGCAUUGUGCUGGUGCCAUGGUGCUGCCCCACCAACACAUUCCCACACCUCCUCCCACUCCUGCGCCUCGCAUGCACACCGCCCUACGCCACCCCUGACGCCAAGAAGGAUGCAGAAGCAGCGGUGACGGCCUCUGUGGGUGCGGUGUACCGUCACGGUCUCGUCCAGGGUCUGGCGCCAUCUGUGGGCGGGCUGACGGAGUUCCUGGCCAAGGCGGCCGGGGACGCGCUCGUCCACGUGCUGACGACGCCAUGCCGUGACGUCUCGCUCAUUGAUGCCGUGUCGGAGGACCUCAUGCAGCUCCUGCACGACGCCAUGCCGGCGCCACUGCUGCAGCGGUGUGGCGCCAAGGACAAGACGGGCCAGGCGGCAGAUGCAGCAGCAGACGGAUGUCAGCGAGUUAUCAAGGCGCUUGUGGCCGGGCUGUCCAGUGGUGGCGACACGGCUUCUUCAUCUGCAUCGGGCCCGGCGAGUCCACCGAGAGCCGCCGGUGAUUCUCGCCAGCUGCUGCAGGAGUCGCUGACCAAGGGAUGGUGCAACAAGCAUGGGAGCGCGUCUUCUCGCCUGAUCACCCCGCUCAUCGCCACCACGGCCUUCUGCAUCUCACAGGCCGCAUUCAACCCGAGACGAGGUAAGUCCACUGACCAACUCAACUGCACAGGACUGACGCUGCCACUCAUCAUUUGGCUGACGUGUCGGCUUCUCUCCUUUCGUCUCAUGCAGGGUGGGACGCUCUGGCGGCAGCGGCAGGCCGCACAGUGCUGUGUCGCGAUGCGGGCCGCCUCCUGCGGAUCGUCGGCCUGGUGGGCGCCCUCCUCUCAGUCGCAAACACCCCCCUGAUCUCCCAGGACAGCAAGGGAACCAAAGCGGCCGUCGUCAGGAAGCGCAAGGGGCGGGAUGAGGAUGGGACAUCGACGCGUGUGGACGGGAUGAGUGUGGGGUCGAAGCUGAGGAGCGAUGGAGGCGCUGGGGGUACGGUGGGCGACGCCCUGGGCAUGCAUUUCUGGUCGUGUGGGGUGGCGGUAGGGCUGCGGCUGCUCGGACACAAGUAAGGAGCAACCAGCGCCAUGCACAGCACAUGUCAGUCAAACGAGGAUUUUUCUCUGUGUCUGUGUAUGUGUCGUGCUAUCAAUCAGGUACCCGGUGGUGCGUCAGCGUGCAGCCGAGGAGCUGUACCUCCACCUCAUCAGCCUCACGGCCACGGCCACCGAUGCUGAUGCUGCCUAUGGAAAGGAGCACCCACCAGCUGCCGACCACCAAGCUGACCACCCAGACGAGCCGGCACACGCGGCACCCAUGGAGAUCGACACGGCAACAGAGCUCCUGAUCCAGACACCCUGGUCAAACGAGAACGAACCUGCCGCCAACAAUGGUGGUGGUGCUGCGGCCAACAGGAGAGGCAAGAGAGCAUCCGCUGAGGUGCCUGGCAUGGAGAGCGGUGCUGCUGGGGUGGGGGUGUCCGAGGCCAUUGUGCGCUAUGUGGUGGCUGCCGACGCGCCCUGCGGCGACGAGAACAUGUGUUCUUUGUCGUACCUGCCGGCCCAUCUGGCGGAUGCCCUGGCCAAGAUCUACUGUGCGAUGGGCCUGGCCGCUCCUCCGGCACUGAGUGCGCGAGGCAUGGCAGCCGGCGUAGAAGAAGCGAUGAAUGAGUAGGCAGUAGCUGGCAGUCAGAGUGUGCUUAGUCUGGGUAGCGAGAUGCUAAGCUGGCAGAGAGAGUCAGACCGUGUGUGUAGAUACAUCUUAUAUAAUUGCAGAGUACAUCUGCACGUCAAGCCUCUCC